AUGAGUACCUACAAACACUCUGCCGUGGAUGUCAUCGGCGAGGCGAAAAGGGACCAUGACGCUAAGAGAUGGCAGAAAGCAGAUGGAGAAAGGUUAUCAGCCUAUCCCCAUGGACAGACAGACAGAUCAUCAUUACUCCGAUCUCAUGCUGCGAAGUCAGCAGAGUGCAGUGGUCAAGGCUCGCCUAAAGCUAGAAGAACCCCUCGAGAAUCUCGACGAGUGUCUCUCGCGCAGGCAUCAGGAUACGUUCAGCUCAAUCAGUACAGAUUGUUGGAGCCUAUUGGUCAGGGAUCGUAUGGAAUCGUCAAGUUAGCCUACAGCGAAGAAGAUGACACGCAUUACGCAAUGAAGAUUCUAUCAAAACGGAAGUUAAUGCGGCGAGCUGGACUCUUUGGGAGAACUCCUCCUAGAAGACCAGGUCCUGGGCCGCCGCCAGAUCCGCUGCAAAGGGUUUAUAGAGAAAUAGCUGUCUUAAAGAAGCUGGAUCAUCCAAACGUCGUCAAACUUGUGGAGGUGUUAGAUGAUCCAGCAGAGGAUCAACUCUACCUCGUGUUCCAACUACUGGAAGGAGGGCCUGUGAUAGAUAUACCCAGUGAAAACCCUCUCAGCGAGGACCUCGCAAGGAAGUACUUUAGAGAUGCUGUGCUCGGCGUAGAAUACUUACACUUUCAACGUAUUGCCCAUCGGGACAUCAAACCUGCAAAUCUCUUGCUUGGUGAUGGGCGAGUGCAAGUGGCAGAUUUGGGAGCAUGCGGAGAGCUCGCAGGAGCUGGGCAGCUCUCGGGCGCAGUUGGCACGCCCGCCUUCAGAGCGCCGGAGUCCACUGAUAUUGGCGAGGCAGCUGAUAUAUGGUCACUAGGAGUGACACUGUACGCGAUGGUGACCGGUAAAGUGCCGUGGAUAGCGCCCACCGCAGAGGAUCUCAGGAAGAAAAUCCUUGCUGAACCCCUCACGUUUCCUACCAAGCCACAAGUCUCAAAACCCCUCAGAAGACUACUAUUGAAGAUGCUCGAUAAAGAUUCCAAAAAUAGAGCAACAAUGCAAGACAUCAAGGAGCACGAAUGGGUCACACAAAAUGGUAAGGAUCCAUUGCCUUCGGAACAAGAAAACUGUCGCCUGGUAGAAGUGACCGACGAGGACAUGGCCCGCGUCGUCACGUCCAUACCCAAUUUAUCCACGCUUAUACUCAUCAAGACUAUGCUCAAGAAGCACAGUUUUCAAAAUCCAUUCCUUCGUAGUCGAGAAGGCAGUUCACGACGAGAGUCGAGUGAAGUUGGCGACGUGGAGGGAGAAGGAGACAAUGGAAGCUCAAGAGCAGAUCGAGGACUCCGACGUGCCGCUCUCUCCCGAUCUGGACGAUCCUUAUCAGCGCCCGGAAAUUAUCUCGCUGAUAAACAAACUUCCUUCGAGAUCGCUCUGGAAUCAGUACAAGAGACCAAAGAACGUGAUGUGAAAACCACUAAAGAACCCAACGUUACCACCGCAACCAAAUGCACAAGCCAAACAAACAGCUCGAAACCAGAAGAAACCAAACACAAACAGACAGAAGCAUCAAAUAAUAUCAAAGAUACCAACCAAACAAAACCAAAAACAUCCGAGAGUAACCAAAAUAAUGUGAACAUUAAAAAGGUGAACGUAAACAAUCAAGCCAACAAUGUGAAGGAUGCUAGCAAGGACAGUAAGCCGAACGGGAGGGAUAAGGAAAGG